CCAGAGUUAUAUACUUGAAAAAAUUGGUUAUCUCUGCAUAGCUUCUAGUUAUGGCAGUUUAUGUUGUAUAAAUUCGUUAUGCAUAUGCUUCUUAUUUUUGGAAGUGUAUAGCUUGGUAUAGAAGACAUAUUUUUACAGCUAUAAUGAAAAAUUCUUCCUCUACUUCUUUCAACCACGGUUGGACAUAUGAUGUGUUUGUUAGUUUCUACGGCGAUGACACUCGUUACGGUUUCACAGGCAACCUUUACAAUACCUUGCGCCGAAAGGGAAUCAAUACUUUCAAAGAUGACAUCAAACUAAAGAAAGGAGAAGAGAUUUCAGCAGAUCUUCUCCAAGCAAUUGAUGAGUCUAGGAUAGCCAUAAUUGUUUUCUCAGAAAAUUAUGCAUCCUCAACUUGGUGCCUUGACGAACUUGUGAAGAUCAUGGAGUGUAAGAAAGACAAAGGACAAUUAGUCCGUCUAGUUUUCUACCAUGUUGACCCUUCAAAUGUAAGGCAUCAGAGGGAAAGUUUUGGAAGGUCAAUGGCUAAGCAUGAAGAAAAUCUCAAAAUUAGUGAAGAAAAAGUAUGUAAAUGGAGAAGUGCACUCUCAUCAGCUGCAAAUUUAUCAGGAUGGCAUUUCAAAAAUGGGUAUGAGUAUGAAUUGAUUCAAAAGAUCACCGAAGAAGUAUCGAAUCAAUUAAAUCUAAUUCCCUUACACAUAGCUGAUAAUCCAGUUGGAUUGAAUUACAAAAUUUCUCAAGUGUUAUCACUUCUAAAAAUCAAGUCUAAUGAUGAUGAUGUUUGCAUGGUUGGAAUUUGUGGAAUUGGUGGCAUUGGUAAAACAACACUAGCUAGAGCAGUAUAUAACUCAAUUUCUAGAAAAUUUGAUAGUUCAAGUUUUCUUGUUGAUGUAAGAGAAAAUUCAAUGAAACAUGGUCUAGUACACUUGCAAGAGACCCUUUUGCUUCAUUUGCUAGACGAAAAUAUCAAACUGGAUGAUGUGAGCAAAGGAAUUCCAAUAUUAAAAAGACGGCUUCGUAACAAGAAGGUUCUUUUGAUUCUCGACGAUGUCGAUAAUCUUCAACAGUUAAGAUCAUUGGUUGGAAGAAAUGAUUGGUUUGGUUUUGGAAGUAGGAUUAUCAUAACAACCAGAGAUAAACAUCUGUUAACUACCCAUGGAGUUGAAAAAGAAAAACUAUAUGAAGUGAAAGAACUGAAUGAUCGGGAAUCUCUUGAGCUUUUUAGUAUGAGGGCUUUUAGAAAAAGUGUGCCUAAUCCAAGUUAUGUGGAGAUAGCAAAAAGUGUAGUGCAAUAUGCAAAAGGUCAUCCAUUGGCUUUGAAUGUGAUAGGAUCUGAUUUAUUCGGAAAAACAGUAGAAGAAUGGAAGAGUGCGUUGAAUAAAUAUGAAACAAUCCCAAGCAAAGAGAUUCUGAAUGUCCUUAAAGUAAGCUAUGACAAUUUGGAUGAUAACGAAAAGGAAAUUUUCCUUGACAUUGCUUGUUUCUUCAAAGGAUAUCCGAAGGCGGAUGUAGAAAAUACACUAGAUGCGAGUCGGUUUUAUUCGAAAUAUGGCAUUGGAGUACUUGUUGACAAAUCACUUGUCACAAUUGGUGAGUCCAAUUCAGUGAAGAUGCAUGAUCUUGUACAAGACCUUGGUAAAAACAUUGCUAGAAACGAGUCGCCGUUUGAUCCAAGCAAACGCCGAAGAUUAUGGCAUCACGAGGAUGUUUUUGAAGUCUUGACAGAAAGCAUGGGAAGUGAUACAAUUGAAGGCAUUGUGUUGGACAUGCCUAACCUAAAACAAGAAAUUCGGUUAAAAGCCAAUACCUUCGAUAAUAUGCGAAGGCUUAGAAUCCUCAUAGUUAGGAACGGACAAGUUUCUGGAGCACCUCAAAAUCUUCCAAAUAACUUGAGAUUGCUUGAGUGGAACAAAUAUCCUUUAACAUCUUUACCUGAUAAUUUUCAUCCAAAGACACUUGUUGUACUCAAUUUACCAAAGAGUCAUAUAAAAAUGGAUGAGCCAUUCAAGAAGUUUGAGCACUUGACUUUUAUGAACUUCAGUGAUUGUGACUCUCUAACAAAACUACCGGAUGUAUCUGCAACCCCAAAUCUAACAAGAAUUCUUGUUAAUAAUUGUCGAAACUUGGUUGACAUUCAUGAAUCUGUUGGAGAUCUUGACAAACUAGUCACAUUAAGCACCGAAGAAUGCCCUAAACUCAAGAGUUUUCCGCGAGGCCUGAGAUCAAAAUAUCUGGAAUACCUUAAUCUUAGAAAGUGUUCAAACAUUCAAAGUUUCCCAGAUGUAUUGGCAGAAGUGGAAAAUAUGAAAAAUAUUGACAUCGGAGGGACGGGCAUAAAAAAGUUUCCAAGUUCAAUUGAAAACUUCAAAGGCCUUGAAGAAUUAGUAUUGACAUCAUGCGCAAAUGUUGAAGAUCUACCUAGCAACACAGAUAUGUUUCAAAGUAUUGAAGAGCUGAAUGUGGAAGGAUGUCCUCAACUUCCAAAACUCCUAUGGAAGUCAUUGGAAAACAGGACUAAUGAUUGGCAUCCAAAGUUAAGCAAUCUGAGUCUAAAGAAUUGUAAUGUAUCAGAUGAAGAUCUUGAGUUAAUUCUCAAAUGUUUUCUACAAUUAAAGUGGUUGAUCCUAUCAGAUAACAACUUCUUGACCAUUCCUGAUUGCAUUGAAGACCUUUCUCAUCUCUUGCUUCUUAACUUAGAAAACUGCAAGCAUCUUAGAGAUAUUUCAGUGCUUCCACCAUAUUUGCAAUAUAUAGAUGCAAGGAAGUGUAUGGCAUUGACUCCUCAAUCAUCAGACGUAUUAUUGAGCCAGGCAUUUCAGGAAGUUGAGUACAUAGACAUAGUUGUUCCAAGGAAAAAAAUUCCAAAUUGGUUUGAUCAUUGUAAUAAAGGAGAGUCUACCGCCUUUUGGAUUCGUAAAAGCUUCCCUACAAUCGCUCUGUUUUUUCUUUUAAGUGGUGAUGAUGAUGAAAGGAAAACAAAUUAUACAUGUGAAUUCUGCAUACUAAUAAAUGGCAUACAAGUAUUCCAAGGAAGAAGCGAGUGGCCAGUUGAUCAUAUAUGGCUUUUUGAUCUGCGAAUUCACCUCACCGCGAGCGAGUGGCAAGGCUUCAAUGAACAAAUAAAAUCUAGUUGGAAUCAUGUGGAGAUUUCAUGUUCAGUCAUUAAUGAGUCAAAAAAUUUAACUAUAAAAUGCUGUGGAAUUCAUCUAUACAAAGAUAGAAUGAAUAUUCACCAUGUCUCCUUCAUAAGUCCCGAUCUUCAAAGCUCAAAUAUGGUCCGUGAUAAUGAUAGUUUGGAUAUCUAUGAUGAAGUAAGCGAUGAUGUUGUUUUUACUUCAAUAUUUGCUAAAUAUUUUAAAAAGACUAUAUUAGAGACCAUGAGUGAUCUUCAAUCCAGCAAGAGGAACAUGGAAGAGGAGUUGGAACUAGACAGUGACACUGACAUUGACUGCCAGUACAUGGAAGAGGAACACGAUUCAUCUUCCCUUAAUCAUCAAAUCCUAGAAAUGUUUGAACCUGUGUUUGCAGACAAUGAAAAAGAUGCCAAUUCGAGUAAAAUCUUGCUUGAUCCUUCUAUUGAAACACAAGAAGAACCCCUUGUUACAAGUAUCCAUAACAAGGAUCCAACACUUGCACAAAAAGAAAAGUUGAAGGAGAUUGAAAUUUUUGCACCGGAAUCAACUCAAGAAUCAAGUACCAUUGCAUCAACAAGCACAGACAAGGGAACACAGUUAGUUGAUAAAAUAACUUUUGUUGAACAAAUCAAAGUUAAUUCAACAAAAAGAAAACAACUUAUCUUAAAUGCAGAAUCCUACAUAAAAAUUGUUGAGUCCACCAUAAAUGAAAAUAAUAUGGAAGAAUUUUAUGCUUCACUUGAAGCAGAAAAAGCUUCUCCCAUAGAAGUUCAAUCCAACAAUGAAAUUGUGGGAACUAGGCCUAGUGAAGAAACUCAGAAAGCAUUGCAGAUUCUACAAGACCUUGUCUCGAAAAAGUUCUCUCAUUUGCUACAUCCAGGACGUUCCGGAUUGAUGAAAGAUAUUCUCAAGUACCUACUCAGUUUAACACCAGAUGAAGGAUUUUCCCUGAAAUCAAAAUCAAUAACACUGCAACUUUCACACGGCUUUUCUCAGUGGAGCUUGGAUUACAACAAUGCAAACAUUAAACUUGAGUCAGCGACUACAGAUCUAACUAAAGCUGAGAAAAUGAAGGAUUAUCUUGAAGAUAAUGUGAAAGAUUUCCGAGAAAUGGACAUGGUGGAGAAGUGUUUAUCGAAUCAGUUGGCAUGCUUGCAGGAAGAGAAGAGAGAACUUGAAGAGAAAAUGAAUGCCAUAAAAGCUGAGAUUGCAGAUUUUACAGCACAGAGAGACAUGGUUGCCAAGAGAAAGACAGAAUUGUUUCAGACAGGAAGUGUGAUGAAAGCUGAAAGGGAUGAUUUGAGGAACCAAGUGCCAAGGUUGAAAGCUGAGAAGGAAUUGGCAAAUAUAACACAAGCAAAUAUUGAAGAAGAAUGGUCAAAGCUUGGAGAACAAUUCAUUGGAAGCAUCAAUUUUGAAGAGUUGACCUUAGAAACUUCACCUAAAUAACUUUGUAACUUAUUUACUAUUAAGUUAUUUCUGUUUGGAAGUACUUAAUACAUAACUUUUUUACUUGUGAUAUAGCUCAAAUUUAUCUUGCUCAAUAAUCUAACCCAUAUAAUUUCUAAGAUUUUAUCAAAAUUCUCUCCAAUCUUUGCCCACUCAUCCUCAGUGUAUCCUUUGGUGGCUUUGGCUCUUGAUGGGGAAGUCCGUUGAGCGAGGUUUGAAAUUGUCAAUGGACUAAACGUUCAUGGUUACAAGAGACAUUAACACCUCAUAUCCACACAAAACCUUAAGGCAACGGGGUAUGAGUCGCCUCUCUUAUAAACUCAACGUUUCCUCCAUUCCUAGUCGAUGUGGGGCUUUGCACAACUUU